AUGGACAGGCACACCUGCAAGCUCUGCUUCCUGCGGUUCCACAAUGGCCGCGCGCUGGGCGGCCACAUGCGCUCCCACGUCAUGGCCGCGUCAGCUGCUUCAGCGUACUCGCCGCUGCUAUCGCGGCAGCCGCAAUUGCCGCCGCUCUCCCCUUCCCUGGCGUCUACUUCGUCGACAGAGAUGGAUGACGACAAGCCGUCGGCGCGGCAGGAGCCACCGACGCCGUGCGUUGUACGCGAAGGCACCAAGAAGAGGUUCGACUCCCCUGGAUUCUCCUCCGGCGGUAGGGCCGCCGCCCGCGGCGAGUCGUCGGUCGUGCAGGACGGGGAGAGCGACACGGAGUCGGCGGUAGGCAGCUGUUUCCGCCGUUUGCUUCGUUCCCACCGCCAGCCCGCCACGACCGGUGCUCGUUCCCGUGCAUAUGGGCUGCAGGUGGUGGUCCUGGUCCCCUGGCCCCCCGCAUGGCAGUACCCCCGGACCCCGGUGUGGGUGCGCUGUAGCCCUGGAGGUGGCUGCUGCCUGCGGGAAGCCUGGAAGCUGGGUACUGGCCACUGGGUACGCGAGCGCGCGGGUCCGUCUGCGCGCGCCGGCUUCGCCAACUGCUCGCCGUCGCUUCUGGUCGCGGCUCCUGCCUUGGCGGUUGGGCGGUUGGCUGCCUCCCCACCACUUGUGCUACUGGCGCCUAGCGACUCCGUCGGUCGGCUGGCUCGUUUCCCCUUGGUCUCUCAUCUCAUCUUCUCCACGGCCGAUCGUCUCUUCCUUCCAUUUGCCCAUACCAGCUUGAAUGGAGGCGGGGCUCUCCACCGGCCGGUGUCUAUUGGACUAUUGGUAAGAACUAAUGAGAAUGUUCUAUGCCAGGGAUCUCCCAGUCCCAGAGCUAGUCAGCCAAGGAGCGAGGGAGCUUUCUUUCUUCGGGUCAGCGUCACUAGAGUACUGCGCUAA